AUGAAGAAAGGAUUCAAGACAGAUUCUGAUAUUUCUAAUCGUCAAUUCCAAGAAAGGGAAUUGGAAAGAUGGGUGCCAGAGGAUAAUGGAAAAGAAUUAACCUUGGAUAAUGACGGCGGUGAUUGGGAUCAAUUUCAAGCCAAUAAAGAUAAAUUUGGUAUUGAAUCAACAUAUGACGAGCAUUUAUAUACCACUAGAAUCAACACUGAAGCUAAAGAUUAUCAAGAAAGAUUGAAGAAAGCUGAACAAGUGGCAUUUGAGAUUGAACACUCGAUAACUUCAGACCCUCAUAUUAUGGAAGAAAGAGGUAAAAUUGACGAUAGUGGCAUUGAUGAAGAAGAUAAAUACAGUGGGGUUCAAAGAGAAGAAAAGGAUACUCGAGGUGAUGAAUUAAUGGCAGCUUUGAAAUCAGUAAAUUUGGAUAAAAAGUAUAUUCCAUCAAAAUCUAAAAAUCUGGGUCAUAAUGAUCCUGCAAUUGUUUCCAGUAAAUUGCCUUCAAAACCAACAGAAUCUUUCAGAUUAAAUGCUCAAAGUGAAAUCAAUUCAUUAAAAGAGUUUAGUGCAACUUUCAAAGUGCCUCAUAAAAUUCCUAAUGAUUUAUUACCAAUAUUAUCAAAGGAUAAAUCUAAACAAGAUGAAAUAGUCAAAAAGACUGAAGUUAAAAAAGAUGAACCUAAAAAGGAUGAUGGUAAAAAGAAAAUGGAUCCUAAAAAACCUGCAUUCAAUCCUAAUGCUGUUUCAUUUAAUCCUAAUGUAAAUAGUUUUACACCUUCAGCACCAACAUCAUCAGGUAAUAAUUCAUAUAAUAAGAAUUAUACUAAACCUAAAUCGUUUAGUCAACCAGGACAAAAUCAACAUCAUUCUAAUCAAAAUCAAAAUCAAAAUCAUAGAGAUUAUAAAAAUAAUUCCCCUAGAUUAUCACAAUCCAGACCAUAUUCAAACAAACGUCAUUAUCAAAUUUCACCUCAAGAAUUCUUUGGGGGAUCAUCUAAAAUACCAACUAAAGAAUCACAAAUUGAAAAAAUUAAAAACUUUAAAACUAGUUUUAAUAUGUUUAUUGAUCGUGAAACCGUUGAAAAAGCUUUUAUAACUCCACCAACGUGGGAUUUAACAGUAGAUGAAAGUUAUAGUGAAUUAAUGCCACCACCUGAAACCGCCAAUCCAAUGAUGGGAGGAAUGAUGAAUAAUCAAAUGAUGCCAAUGGGUUAUAAUCCAAUGAUGGGAGGAAUGAUGAAUGGAGUUAAUCCAAUGAUGAUGCCAAUGCAAAAUGGUAUGGCCAUGCAACCAAUGCAAAUGCAAAUGCCAGGAAUGCCAGUACAAAUGCCCAUGCAAUUCAUGCCCAUGUUUCCUCAAAGUCCGGUGAGAUAUUCUCCCAAUUAUUCCCCUUAUAAUUCUCCUCAACCCAUUUCAGCUCAAACCGAUGACGAUGAGUAUUAUAAAUAUCAAGGUCAACCCAAUCAUAGAAGGUAUAGUAAAAGGUAA